UCGAAUUAAAGUUGAUUUUUAAAAUACACAUUUUCAAGAAUAUUCUUGCUGAUAUUGUCUUGCAUGAGGAAAAUAUAUUCCGAAUCAUGGAAACUGUUUCAAAAUUUACUGAUAGUGAUGAAGUUGAGGAUAAAGAAUAUAUAAUCCGUCAAUCUCAACUCUUAAUUAAGAAUUGGGAGGAUCUUAAAAAUUUAUGUGAAUCAAAAAUCGAACAUUUAAGGAUAGAGACAAAAAGGGGAAUUGAAUUUGAAGAAAAAAUUGAAUUAUUUGGCGUCUUGCUCAACGAUAUUGAAAAUAAAUUAUAUAGCCUUCAUGAUUAUUCAUGUUUUGAAAGUACCGCUGAACAACAACUUUUUGAUAUAAAUAAACUUGGGGAUGAAUUAAUUGAAAAAAAGAUUAUUUUACUUGAUCUAGCGCCGCCUGUAGUAUCUAAUGAUAAUCUCAAAGCUAAGAUUUACGAAAACUUAGCCGAUAAAAAUAAUUUGGAAGAAAUUGUGAUUAAAAUGAGAUACUACGGAAGAAAGGGAGAUGUUCUUAUUAUUAACAAUCUGUUUGAUGACUAUAAUCGAAGAUACUCCCGCUUGUCUGAUAUAAUUGACAGCCGUAUAAGGAACGUUAAAAAAAUAUCUCCAAUAUCCCUCCGAUUAAAAACUCAGUAUGACGAAUUUUUAGACUGGAUUACUGAAAAAAACAUUGAAUUAGAAAUUGCAGAAUCUGAAAGUCUAAAUCUUGAAAUUGUAAUGGACCAACAUAAAGAACAUUUGCAAUUUCAAAAUAGUAUAAUCGAAAAACAAACUGACUAUGAUAAUUUACGUGCCUCGAUUCGUAAAAUAAUUGACGCAGCUCCAAAAUACGACAAAGACUGGUUUGUUAACUAUCUAGAAACAGUCACUACAUGCUGGCUUUCAUUACUUGGACUUUCAUUUUCACGGCAAAGAUUAAUUGAUGAGACAAUUAUGAUUGGAGGAAGUAUUUCUGAUGCUCUAUCUAACAACUUUACAUGGAUGGUAUCCACAUUAAAAAAAUUAAACUUUGAAUAUGAAAACCAUUUUGGUCGUUCGGAAUAUAUUAAAUCUCUUCUGAAUAACUGCCAGAAAGUUGAAUCCGAAUUUGGUCGAUAUCAUGAUACUUUUAACUCCAUUGUUACCCUGGGAGCUGAUAUUAUUAAUAAAUGUAAUCCAGAUUCUAUAGAAGACGUUAGGAACAUUCACCAAUCAUUUAUCAAUAAGUGGAAUGAGGUUAAUGAACUUUUAAUUAAUGAAAGUCUGAAUCUUUGGUUUCCAUAA